CGAGAGGGAGGGAGGAAGAAAGAGAGGGAGGCGUGUCAUGUGAUCCGCUUCCCUGCUCCUUUAAGCGUCCACUGGCUGCCGAGCGGCCGCAGUCCCAGCUCUGGGCAUCUGGGGUAUCCGAGCGGCUUCGCCCAGGGAUCUACGUGGGCGCCUGGGGUCUGGGUCUCACCUCCUCUGUGCCAUUGCACCCUUGAAGUUUUGCAGCACCAGGAAAAGAGGACAAGAAAGAAGAAGAAGGGAAGCGGAAAGCAUACCCUAAAACAUUUACUUAAAGGAGAAAAGAAAGGGGGGCGCAGAAAUGGCUGGGGCAAUUAUAGAAAACAUGAGCACCAAGAAGCUCUGCAUUGUUGGAGGGAUUCUGUUGGUUUUCCAAAUCGUUGCCUUUCUUGUGGGCGGCUUGAUCGCUCCAGCACCAACGACAGCAGUGCCCUACAUGUCGAUAAAAUGUGUGGAUGUCCGUAAAAACCACCAUAAGACAAGAUGGCUGGUGCCUUGGGGACCAAACAAGUGUGACAAGAUCCGUGACAUCGAGGAAGCAAUUCCAAGGGAAAUUGAAGCCAAUGACAUUGUAUUUUCUGUACACAUUCCACUCCCUUCUAUGGAGAUGAGUCCAUGGUUCCAGUUCAUGCUAUUUAUCCUGCAGUUAGACAUCGCUUUCAAGCUGAACAACCAAAUCAGAGAAAAUGCAGAAGUUUCGAUGGAUGUUUCCUUGGGUUACCGUGAUGAUAUGUUUUCAGAAUGGACUGAAAUGGCCCAUGAAAGAGUACCACGUAAACUCAAAUGUACUUUUACAUCUCCCAAGACCCUAGAGCAUGAAGGUCGUUAUUAUGAAUGUGAUGUCCUUCCUUUCAUGGAAAUUGGGUCAGUGGCUCAUAAAUACUACCUUCUAAAUAUCCGGCUACCUGUAAAUGAGAAGAAGAAAAUCAAUGUUGGGAUUGGGGAGAUAAAGGAUAUUCGGUUGGUGGGAAUCCACCAAAAUGGAGGCUUCACUAAAGUGUGGUUUGCUAUGAAGACCUUCCUCACACCCAGCAUCUUCAUCAUUAUGGUGUGGUAUUGGAGGAGGAUCACUAUGAUGUCCCGACCCCCAGUGCUUCUGGAAAAAGUCAUCUUUGCCCUUGGGAUUUCCAUGACCUUUAUCAAUAUCCCUGUGGAAUGGUUUUCCAUUGGGUUUGACUGGACCUGGAUGCUGUUAUUUGGUGACAUCCGACAGGGCAUCUUCUAUGCAAUGCUUCUUUCCUUCUGGAUCAUCUUCUGUGGCGAGCACAUGAUGGAUCAACAUGAACGAAAUCACAUUGCAGGGUAUUGGAAGCAAGUUGGACCAAUUGCUGUUGGCUCUUUCUGCCUCUUCAUAUUUGACAUGUGUGAGAGAGGAGUACAACUUACAAAUCCUUUCUACAGUAUCUGGACUACAGAUGUUGGAACAGAACUGGCUAUGGCUUUUAUCAUUGUGGCAGGUAUCUGUCUCUGCCUCUACUUCCUGUUUCUGUGCUUCAUGGUAUUUCAGGUAUUUCGAAACAUCAGUGGGAAGCAGUCUAGUCUCCCAGCCAUGAGCAAAGUCCGGAGGCUGCACUAUGAGGGUCUGAUUUUCCGGUUCAAGUUCCUCAUGCUUAUCACCUUGGCUUGUGCUGCCAUGACUGUUAUCUUCUUCAUUGUUAGUCAGGUGACUGAAGGCCAUUGGAAAUGGGGUGGUGUUACAGUUCAAGUGAACAGUGCUUUCUUCACUGGCAUCUAUGGAAUGUGGAACCUGUAUGUCUUUGCUUUAAUGUUCUUGUAUGCACCAUCCCAUAAAAACUAUGGGGAAGACCAGUCUAACGGUGACCUGGGUGUCCACAGUGGGGAAGAACUUCAGCUCACUACCACAAUCACCCAUGUGGAUGGACCGACUGAGAUCUACAAGUUGACCCGUAAAGAAGCACAGGAAUAGGAGGCUAUGGUAUGGCACUGGGCUGGAAUUGUGUCUCUAUCCCUCUUCCCCUAGAAUGGGGAGCCUACUAUACAGAACUCACUGAAAAGUGAAUGCCUAGUGCUUUAUAGGUAUGAUUUCUUAGACUAAUGGAUGGACAUUUGUCAGAUGACCUCUGAUGGUGGCUGUUGUAAGACCUCUGCCACUAAUAUAUAGUAAAUGAUAACAAAAGCUGGUAUGACACAUUUUUUUGUGAUCAUUGUUAAUUAGUGACAUAACAACAUCUGUAGCAGGUGGGUUAGUAACCCUCACAUGAAGGGGUAUACUCCAUGGGAUGGUUUGGGCCAAUGGGGGCUAUAUUGAGUAGGUUAUGACUUUUUUUUUCUGUUUUAGAUUCUGGGAUAUGUUUAAUCAUUCUUUGCAGUCCAACAUUUGCUGAUGUCAUAGUAUUUUCACCCUCCAUCACAGGCACGUUUUUUUGUAUUUACUUCACCAAGUAGCCAAAUGAGUAAUAAUUUAGGUUCUCAGUACAAAUGUGUCCACUUUUUUUUUAAUGGCUUACUAUAAAAUAAUCACAUUUCAUCCUAUCAGAGGCAUUUCAGCUUUGAAACCAAAUCACUGUGUUUGAUACUAAUCUGUCUCAUUGGUUGUGAAUUUUGAGAAAUAUUUGCUAAACUACCCAAGUAGGAUUUCUGGUAUUAAAUGGCCUUUAGGUCCUAAAAACUUUUUUUUAACUUCUUGCUUGAAAUGUGUUUCUUUUGGUAAGAUGCUUCAAACAACCUCCAAAACUGUAAAUCCAAUCAUUUGAAUAAAUGGAAUGUAAAUAUGCACCCCUUUCUGCUCCAACAAUGCUGAGGCAUGUAGGCUCAAAUCUUUCUGGAUCUUACAGUGGCCAGGUGCUGGCAGAAAUACCCUGACUAUCUAUUCCUGGAAGUGCAGCAAUACCUUCUGUAGCAGGCAGUAAGUCUUUUAGGCCAGCAAGAAAUACUCACAUACGUGAGAAAUCAGAUGCUUUAAGCCCUCAUACAUACAAAUCUUAUUGCCACACCCCGUAUUAACCUAUGACAGUGUUUUUUUGUUUGUUGUAGGUUUCUGUAUGUGUGUGUGCUUUUAUUUUUUAUGCUGAAGAAGCCACAUGUCAUAGCAAAUAAAAAAUACUGGAUCCUGGACUUAGAAGGAAGUUUUCUAUCAAAUGUCUGUCAUGCACUAGUUGUGUUGACCUUGUUCAAGCUGUCUGACAUGGCUAUUCCCUCACCUAUAAGCUAGCACUCAUAAAGUGUAACUGUAUGCAGGGUCACAGUGAAAGAAAUAAUUAAUUUACAUGGAAAUGCUUCAACAAUUAUACAUUUAUAUAAAUAGAUUCACUUUGCAUUCUAACCAGAAUUUCAUGAGAGUCAUUUUUAGAUAUGGCUGACUGAAACAAAGUUUGUGGUAUAUUCUCUUUAAUUGUCCUACCUGGCAAACCCCAUCCUGCCUUUCUCCUUACUUUGACUAGAACCAUGGUAAACAGAGAAAACACUUAAGUGUUUGCUGUUGUCUUUAUGCUUUUUUCUAAUCUGGUGAAUGUUGGAUAGGUAUGUGGCCCAUUGUACCUGCAUCUACUUACUGAUCUUCCACCUGAGUAUAAAGAAUCAAGUGUGGCCUGUGCCUCUGUUUCUAUUAACAAAAAGAAACUUUGAACAUUAUAGUCAUCUCCUCGUCAAGACCAUGGAGGAGUCUCUAUUCUUUAGGAUGGGAUAAGAGCCUGAGAUAGCAUUAAAGAAGUAUUAUUUUUUUCCAAGAGCCAAAUGACAGAGUAUUUAAGAAAAAGCCAUUGAAACAAUGUGAUAUGGAGAAGGUUUGGAUAAGGUUUGGUGUCAAGCCUAGAUGGUAUGUAGAAAGGCACAAGAGGAGCCUCUUGCCCUUGGAGCCAGAAUAAAUAUGCUUACCAGACUGCCUCAAGUUUUAGACAGAGAAGAGAUGUGGUCAGAGUCACCUCUGAAGCAAGGGAAAGAUUUAUGGAUCCAGCCACAAGCUCACAGGCCAGAGCCAGUCAGCAGCAGAGAAUGUGGAGAAGGGAGGAAUAUUUUGGAGAUAGAGCAGAGGGAUAUGGUUUGAAUGCUCUUAUUGUGCACUUCAUAAAGAAGCAUAAAGCAGAGUCAGAUUUCAGAUUUCAGCCUAUCAGGUCCCCUGGCUCAUGUAGAGAUUCCUGUAUGAGAUAUCCAUAUGUCCAUAAAUAGUAGAAGCCAGCCAGAUAUGGUGGUGCAUGUUUUUAAUCCCAGCACUCAGGGAGUCAGGGAGGGAGAGGCAGGCAGAUCAAUGUGAGUUCAAGGCCAACCUACUCUACAAAGUGAUUCCCAGACAGCUAAGGCUACACAGAGAAACCCUCUCUAAAGAAGAAGAAGAAGAAGAAGAAGAAGAAGAAGAAGAAGAAGAAGAAGAAGAAGCCAGGUUAGGUCAAAUAGGACCUUUCUAAAAUAAUUCAUGGUUCCCUUUACAAAUUGCAUUACCCCAGAAAGAAUGGGCUUGGGAAAGCUCUAAAGAAGCUCAGCUUCAGAAACUCAUAUUUCAUUUACAAGUCUCUCUCCUGAAAACCAGAGGUGGUAUGUCCUAAUGCCAUUCCAAUUACACAGGGAAACAUGUCAAAUAGUAUAACCAUAUGAAUAGUAAUCAGUCUGCAAAGGAAGGAAAACACUUUUAGCUAUACAAACCAUCAUAAAACAUCUACCACGAUAGGAACAAAGAAAAAUUUAUGUUUGUCUAGACUAAGUUUUAAUUAUUACUUUCUGGGGGGGAAUAAUGAACAGAGUGUUUAUGGCAGACUUGGCCACCACUCUCAUCAAGAAUAAGAAAUAUGCCUGGGUAGAGCAUCAGAGCAUCAUAUAAGAAUAUCAGUAAUGUGAAACCAGGCAUGACUACAUUCAAUAAGAGAGAAAAAUAAGGUAGUUACAGAAAAAAUAUCCGGGGGCCUGGCUCAGCAGUUAAGAGCACUGACUGCUCUUUCAGAGGACACGGGUUCAAUUUCCAAUAUCCACAUGGCAUUUCACAACUGACUGUAACUACAAGAUCUGGCACAGACAUAAAUCUAAGCAAAACACCAAUGCACAAAAAUUAAAAAUAAAUAGUUUUUUUUAAAAAAAGAAGGAAAGAGAAAACCAUGCAGGUUUCAAAAGUUAGAGAACUCAAGUGAUACAAACAAGGCAAUGCUGGACUGCCUGAGACUCAGAAGCUCCUCAGAAGUGAAUGGAGCCUAAUGGAUGUGGUUUGGGGUAUGUAUAACCUUCAUAUGUAUCAGGGGAAAAAUUGGGCAGAGAAGCAGAUUAGAGUCAAUGGAUGAAUAUUCUGGCCAGCAAGGAGGAAGAUGGUUGCUCUGAGUGGAGCCUUAAGGAAGGCACUGAUUUUGAAAUCUGAGACCAGCCAUUAAGGAAAGACAAUGAUAAGAUGAAACAAAAUUCAAAUGUUAAUGAUUAGGAUCUAGAAAUAAGUUGAGUUAGCUCUGAAGGAUUAAAAGGCCAAUUUCAUUGCCCACAGUAGAGAAAUACUAGUUAGACAGUAAAGGAUAAAAUUGAGGUAAAAAGGAGAAAGUUUUCAGCCCUGGGAGGGCCACAAAGAGAGCCUCACCACUAAGAAUGCAGUUGAAGCCCAACUAGCUCCAGUCACUGGAAAACAUCCUAGAAUUUCAAAAACUGAUAAAAGACUAUUAGAGACAAUCAGAUCUGGAAAAAAAUAGUUAUGGGUACCAGUUUUACAUACACAUGCCUACAAAAAAGAAUUCUCUUAAGUAUUCUUAAGAAUUCUUAAGAAUUUUUAUUAAAUAAAAAGAAUUCUCUUAAGAAAAGUAUAAAAGUAUGUACAAGUGUCUGCCUACAAAAUAAGAUUCACCAAUAUAUUCAACAAAUAAGUAUAAAAUAAAAUCACUUAAGUUUGGCUAUCACAUUGGGUUUUUUUGUAUGUAUGUUAUGACUACAUUUUCCCCUGAGGGGAAGAGAAAUAGUCAUCAAAAUGAAGUAAGUGGUUCCUUACUAUGACCUUCACAUAUUUUUUUCAUUGUCCAGAAGUGAGAUAAUUCAUUCUAACAAUCCUAGUGCCUGAGUUCAGGCCAUACAGAGCCUGUGCAAAGGCCUCUGGAGACUGAGCUUCUCAUGUAACAUUAGAGUGAAAGCAUGCAGAUGUCCUUUUGCUUCACCAUUCUUGACAUAUCCUCCUGUCAGGUAAUCACUGAGGCUAACAGAGAAAGUAGAAAGUUUUUUGUUGGUGUGUGAAGAAAAAUCGCUACUUUUAAGAGAGAUCUUGUUCACUGCUACCUCAUAAGGAGCUAUUUUACUGUAGGACUGUGGUCAGGAAAGGGGAAUGAGUUCAGUGAACACAUUUUACUGACCCUUAUCUCACUCUGAACGACACAUUGGCCAGUGUUUUUCAGAAUUGCCUUCUUGGUUUGAGUUUACUUUUUUCCUGCAGGCAUUCAUCCUCAAGGCAGGUGAGGACACCCAGGUGCCCAUGCACGCUGACUGUGCUUUUGAACCUUUAUCCCCCAGGAUCAUUUUUAUCCUGACAUGUUUACAAGAAUAUUUCUGACUUGUAAAAGUUUACUUUCACUAUGUAUUAGUUACUUUCCUAUUUCUGUGAUAAAAUACCAUGACAAAUACAAUUUAUAAAAAGAAUUUAAUUUGGAGAGGCAUGUCAGCAAUAUGCAGGAAUGGUGGCAGGAACAGAAAGCUGAAAGCUUACAUCUCAACCACAAGCACAAAGUAGAGAGAGAAAACUGGAAGUAGAGCAAUGUUUUAAGCUCUCAAAACUGACCUUCAAUGAAAAACUAACUCAGCAAGUCUGCACCACUAACCCUCCCCAAGCAGAUACAUUAACUGUAUUCAAAUAUCAUUUCUCAUCUAAACCUCUAUACCUUCUCUUCUAAAAACUGAUGGAUUUCUUGGUUUGUAAUUACAUUGGUAGCUCAUUUUCUGCUGAUAUCAGAGGAGUCUUCCAGUGAUGUUCAAACUAUUUUGUGUAAAGAGUAUCCUCUUUUUCACCAAUGCACUUAGCUCUUAGAGUUAGGAAUGCCCCUCAGUAUUUGUAUCAGGCCUUUCCUUCUUGACUUUCCAUGUUUCUACUAACAUGUUUUCUAUUAACUAUGUGCCUUUCCAUAGUUCCGUAUGCUCUUCUUCAGACAUAAUUUCCACAAAGCUUCCCCAUUACUAUUGAUUAACUUCAGUUUUGUUUUCUCAUUCUCCCAAAAUAUUACUCUAAGAGUAAAACUGUAUUCUGAUUGAAACAGAUUAAUGUGAAAAUGACACCUUCCCUAUGUGGAGGUUUGAAAAGGUAUGGCCCACAUAGACUUGUGUGUUUGAAUGUUUGGCUAUAGGGUGUGGCUCUGUUAGGGGAUUUAGACUUUUUGGAGUAGGUGUGGCCUUGUUGGAGGAACAAGGUGAGUGGGUUUUGAGGUCUUGUAUACUCACUGUGAGUGGGUUUUGAGGUCUUGUAUACUCAAGCCACUCCCUGUCACUUCUGCUGCCUGCAGAUCAAGAUCUCUCAGCUCCUCCAGCACCAUGUCUGCCUGCAUGCUGCCAUAAUGAUAAUGGCCUAAACCUCUGAAACUGUAAACCAGCCCCAAUUAAAUGUUUUCUUUUAAGA